AUUGUACGUCUACCAUACUUCGCAUCAUUUGUUGUUUGGUAGCUUAAACUGAUCUUCGUUGACCUAUUCUAACAUGGGCGAAGGCGGCAAGCGCAAGGCGCGACAGGAGGAGGCACCUGCCCCUCCAUCGCAUAGAAUAUUGACAUCGGAUGAGCUAGGGUUGCUGAAAGUAACGGAGGUACCUGCUGGAAAUAAGUGGGAGGAGGCUGCAGUAAAGCAACGCUGGGGCCAGCCGGACAAGCAGCAGGGCGUGUUACGACUGCAGACCCUCUGCCAGGAUUGGGACCCAGACCGCUGCCUGAUCGCAACCGCUCGCUCCAACGGCCGAGUCACCCUGCACUGCCCGGCUGCAGCCACCUCCGCCUCCACCUCCCCCAGCAGCGAUGGCCUCUCCCUGCAGGAGGUGGGCUCCUUCCGCGCCGCGCCGCCCGCCUGCACCUCGGGACGCACCGACACCAGCACUCAGGAGCUGCGGGGGCUGCGGUUCGUGAGGGGGGAGGCGGCUGGAGAGGGUCCUUCCGCCCCUCUGCUGCUAUUGUCCGCCACCGCUGGAGGCAGCGUGGCGCUGCACCGCUGCAGCGCACCACACGAAGCCCCUGCCUCCGCUGCUGCCCCCGUGGUCCAGACGUGGGAGGAGGUCACCCGGCUCCAAACCGUGUCCGACGUGCAGGCGAUGGACGUGAGCUGCAGCGGGAGACAUGUGGCAGUGGGCGGGGAGGGACAUCAGCUCAAGGUGUGGGACCUGUCAGUGGCGUCAGCAACAGCUGCAGCGGGGUUAGCAUCCGCAGAUGGUGGCAGUGGAGCAGCAGCAGCUGCUGCUGCAGGGAAGACGGAGCCGUUGUUUGCGGGCAAGGCCGGAAAGCCCUCGCGAUCUGGGUUGCAAGACCUAGCGCAUGUGACGGCGCUGUCGUACAUUCCCGGGCAGGGAGAUCAGCAGAUCUUGGUUGGUACGGCAAAGCACAAGCUCUGGUUGUACGACAUGCGAGCGGGUCGCAAGCCCCAGGCGGAGGUGGUGUGGGGCGAGGGGCGGAUCACGGCUUUGCUUCCGCAACCUGACGGUCAGCGCGUGUGGGUGGGCAACGGCAGGGGUCAGGUGGAGGCGCUAGACCUGCGGGGCGGACCCGCCAAGAUGGCCAUGGGGCAUGCACUCAAGGGCUCCGCGGGAUCGAUUCGCGCGCUGUCUCUGCACCCCAGCGAGCCGCUGAUCGCCUCCGUCAGCCUGGACCGCCACCUGCGGCUGCACCACACUGGCACCCGGGCGCUGCUCAGCAGGGUGUACCUCAAGCAGGCGCUUACGGGGGUCGCCUGGUUGCCCAUCCCGACCCAACGCGGUACCAACGCGGAGGAGGAGGAGGAGGAGGCGGACAGGAAUGGAGACGUGGAGGAGCAGAUGGAGGAGGAGGAAGGAGCGGCGGCGGUAGGCGUUGAUGUUGGGGGUCGGCGAGCUAAGAAGGGCAGGAAGAGCGGCGCAUCGUCCUCAGGGAAGCCGCAUCGGGACGGCUCCCAAAAGAAAGACAAGAACAAGAAGAGCAAGAAGGACAAGUAAUGCAGCAGCUGCUGCUGCUCUGCAGCGUUCUGGAGUGCCGUUGGUGUGCCAGAUACACCUUUUGGACGGACUGUAUGGGUGUGGUUGAGGGGGCAGGGGUAGGGAUUCAGGGCCCCUAGGAGGUUGACAUUGGUGAUAUGUGGUGAGGGGGAGGUAGGCGGUGUUCCGGUGUACGACGUGUGCCUGGAAAUGGCGGCACCUCUUUAGAGGUCGUGGGGCCAGGAAGGUGACUGCUCGGCGAAAGUUGUGGAGGCAGGGGAGAAUGUGCACGAGGCGCACACGCCCCUUUGCAGCGGACGGGCGAUCUCCACAGGGUUACUGUUACUGGCGUACUGCUCUACCUACGGAAGGGUUACUGUUACUGCCCACUGAAGGCCGUCGAGGCCUUCCACCAGGGGUUCUCAUGUGCUUUACUCUCAACCGAUGCGGACGUCGCCUGACGUCUGCUUUGCGUGUUUGUCUGUUUGUGGCCUAUCCGGAUGUGAUGGCUACUACCGUUAACAGUGUCCGAACUGGUCCAGCGACUACGACGUGACGCGGGCAUUGCCGGUACCGACCCGUAACGACCCGUCUCCCG